GGUCUCAGCCUAUUCUUUUAAGCACAAUUUGAUUUUAUCUUAGCGAGGGGGCAAACACCGCGAUGGAGGCAUUUAGCCUUUGCCUCCAAAUGAAGCAGCUCUGAAAUCCCAAAUUAUUCGGUUUGUGUAAUGCUUAAACCUCGAAGCAAACCACUCGACUACCUAAAGCAUUCCUUUUCUUUUUUGUUAAAUCACGUCAGAGCAAUUAGUGGACAUCGACAAUUCAGUGGAGAAGUUGAUCCUCGUUCAGUUUUUCUUAAAGCGUCUCAAAUCAUUAACUCUGAUAAAAAACUGGAUGGCUAUUCUCUAGUCUCCUUAAUCCGAGCAUGUACCCAAUUGGGUUGCUCUUGUUAUGGCCAACAGCUUCAUUCCUAUGUUUUGCAAUCUGGGUUUUUGUCCAAUAGCUAUGUAUCCACUGCCUUCGUCAAUUUCUAUGUAAAGUUUGAGUCUUUAGAUCAUGCCCACAAGCUGUUUGAUGAAAUUCCUGAACCAGGUGUUGUUUCUUGGAAUUCUUUGAUUUCUGGGCACGUGCAUUGUGGGGAGUUUAGCAAGGCGUUGUGCUUGUUUAUGCAGCUGGAAAGUUCUGGAGUUGGCUCUGAUGCUUUUUCAUUUACGGCGGCUUUAGCUGCUUGUGGGAGGUUAAGCUUGUUGCGGUUGGGGAAGACGAUUCAUUCGAAGAUUGUCAAGUAUGGAGAUGAUUGCAGUGUUGUUACCUCUAAUUGCUUGAUUGAUAUGUAUGGGAAAUGUGGGUGUGUUGAAGAGGCGAUUCGCUUGUUUGUUGAAAUGAAUGGUAAGGAUACUAUUUCUUGGAAUUCUGUUAUAGCUGCUUGUGCUAGGAACCAAAGACUUGAACAAGCUUCUAGCUUUCUGAAGCAAAUGCCUGAGUCGGAUACCAUCUCAUAUAAUGAGUUAAUUAAUGGCAUUGCUCAGUUUGGAAACAUUGAAGAUGCCAUUGCUAUCUUAGCAACUAUGCCGCAGCCAGACUCAUCUUCUUGGAAUUCGAUAAUAACAGGGUAUGUCAAUAGGAAUCAUGCACGAGAAGCUCUUGAAUUCUUCAGUAAAAUGCAUUUUGAGGGAAUAAGAAUGGAUCAGUUCACAUUCUCAAGCAUUCUAAGUGGCGUUGGAAGUAUUUCAGCUCUUGCAUGGGGGACUCUGGUUCAUUGUUGCUCAAUUAGAUCUGGGUUGGAUAAAUCUGUAGUGGUUGGAAGUGCUCUGAUCGAUAUGUACUCAAAGUGUGGGCAGGUAAAAGAAGCUGAAUUAUUGUUCCAGUCAUUAUCUUGUAAGAACUUAAUAACUUGGAACGCGAUGAUUUCUGGUUAUGCCCACAAUGGCCGUUCAACUAAGGUGAUUGAGCUUUUUGAGCAGUUGAAAUCAGUGAAACACCUGAAACCAAAUGGGAUCACCUUUGUUAACGUUCUAUCUGCAUGUUGGCAUAACAGAAUGCCAUUUAAGGUCGCGAAUAGUUACCUCGAAUCAAUGCAGAGAGAUUAUGGGAUUGAUCCUACCGCAGAGCAUUGUUCAGCUAUUAUUAGGAUAAUGGGACAAGAAGGGGAGGUGUGGAGAGCACAGGAUAUGAUUACUGAUUUAGGGCUUGGCUCGGAUGGGAAGGUUUGGAGGGCAUUGCUCGGUGCUUGUGGAAUGUGUAGUGAUGUAGAUGUUGCCGAGAUUGCAGCUGCAAAGUUGACCGAGUUGGAAGGUGAGGAUGAGUUUAUAUAUGUCAAAUUGUCUAACAUUUAUGCAAUGCACGAAAAAUGGGAACAUGUGGGCGACAUCAGGAAGCUAAUGAGGGACAAACAAGUGCAGAAAGAAGUUGGCUGUAGUUGGAUGGAGGUCUAAAUGAAUAUGCAUGAAAGCUUGACGAUGACUUAGGUUAAGACAUGAUUGUAUGGAUUCUCGCAUUUAAGUUCAUUUCAAUGAUAGACACAUUAAGUUAAUUUUUUAAA